UGAAAGUGCUUGUUUUUAUGUACCUUGCUUUGAUUAUGGUUUAUUUUAGUGUAUUUUAAUGUUGUAAAUUUGUACUUAAUUUAAUUAAUAAAUUUAACAGUAGACUAAUUCUAGUCUGGAAACUUUCAAGGGUUUUUGGUGAUAUUUAAAAGGUUAAGUAGUAAUGAUUUUAUUUCUAGGUGCAAGACCAGAAAGAUUACCUCAGUUUGAUGAUGAUUGCUGGCAAUUAAUGGAAGAAUGUUGGGCUGGUGAUCCAGGACAGCGCCCAUUGUUAGGCGAUGUAGAACCUCGUCUAACAAGAAUAAUGGAGCGUUACAUGGAUAAACCUGCUCCAAGUUCUCGACUCUUAGAGAAGGAAGUUGGUUUCUUGUCGAGUAGUCCCUACAUUGAUUUGGAAUUUUGUCCUGGUUAACCAUUCCGAGUAAUCAGCAUAUUAUCAACAAUUCAACCAGAGACAUCAUCUCUCUUCUGUCUUAACAUACAGAUGCCAUACUGUAUCUUACAAGGAGGACAGAGUCAUCAAACCAAUUCAGGAUAUAUUUGAUCCAAGAUAUUUGUUGCAUUUUUAUUAUUAUGAAGAUUUUAAUUAGAUUUCACAUUUAUUAAAUUUAUAUUAAAACUUUGUGAUAUAGAGAUUUAAUGAAAUGUCAAUUUUUAUAUAACUUAUUGUUGAACUGUUAUAAAAGGAAAAUGGCAACUUACUCUUAGUUCAUCAGAGUAUUAAUGAACAGAUAUAAAGCUAACAAAAUUUACUAAGAGUUCAUUUUUAUAUUUUGAAUUUUUUAAUAAAUCUUAAUAAUAUGAAUAUUUUCAUUUAUUGUGAGAUAAUAUCUAAGCAGUAGUCAAAUACUAGUCUUCAGUUAAAAAUAACAAAUUAGCCUAUUUUAAUAAAGUAGGUUCUUUUGAAAGUAAUUUCUUUUAAUUUUUAUAAAAGUACCAGUUCUUAAUCUGUUUAGUCAUCAAUUCAAACUGCUGGUCAGACAUACAGUAUUUUGUUGGUGCAUAAAAUGUUCAUGUUCAUUUAGCAGCAAGAAUUCUUAUUCAUAGUCUAUUUUAAUGUAAAUGAAGUGCAAAAGUAGUUAUUGAAUAAAAGUUUAUUAUUUUAUUAUUAUUGUUUUUUGAAUAUUUAAAAUUUUAAGAUGUGCACAUUAUAUAAAGAAGUUUUAA